UUAGGGGACAUUUAUGUUAUUAAAAUAGCAUUUGUUACGGGAGAUGCUUCUACUGUCCCGGUGCAAUGAUGUAUCGUAAAUAAGAGAUCUUAUUGGCCCGUCAGAGCCGCCAUCUUUAGCGAUUUAAAAUCCCUUUUUUAUAAGGCUGACUUGUCUCUUCAAUACAAGCCGAUAAUGACUGUGGUAUAAUACGCGUAUAGCACCGGAACCUGACUACUGUAGCGGUAUCACUCCGCUGUGUUCACUUGGGCAAAUCCUAGCACCUUUACAUUUAUUACAAAGAAACAACAGCUGUCAGUAUGAAUGCAGACCAGAGCGCUUCCCGGGAACAUUUUCAAUUGUUUGGACCUGAUAUGACAACUAAAGAGAAGGUCAUUCUGAAAGAAGAAGAUGAGUCACAAGAAGAGGAAGAGUUUGAGAUCAAUAUCUCUGACAUUUCCAGACACGCAAUGGUGUCAGACUUGGAGCUGGAUGAACUUGAGGACAGCAGGAAUGAAAUCAGUAAGGUUACAAAGAAACAGACAACAUGGGCUGUGAACUGCUUCGUUGGCUGGCUGGAGUCCCAGGGGCUCCAGGUGGACCUGAUGACAGUGGAGAAGACUGAGCUAAACGGGUUGCUGAGACACUUUUAUGGAUCAGUGCGCAACAGCAAAGGUGAGCUGUAUGGGAUUGCUAGUUACAUUGCACUGAGAGCUGGAAUUAACCGUUACUUCAAAGAGCAUCCUGUCAGCCAGCCUGUGUGCUUGAUGAGAGAUGCAGAGUUCACCUCAGCCAACAAGGUAUUUAUGGGAAUGCUCAAGAGAAUUAGGAGGUCGGGUCGAGACAUAACAUCACACCAUCAAGCACUAUCAGCUGAUGAUAUCCGCAUCCUCAGACACUCACGUGCCAUGGACACCAGCACUCCAAGGGGACUUCUGAACAAGGUCUGGUUCGAUGUACAGGUGUAUUUUGGCCGCAGAGGCAAGCAGGCCAACAGGAAUCUGAGGCCAGAUUCAUUUGUAAUCAGAAAAGACAAGAGAGGACUGAGAUACUGCACUUUAUCCUUUGGGGAUGAGACAAAGUUUCAGAACGAGAAGGACCGAUGUUCUAUGGUUGAGAAGCAAGGGACUGAAUUCUGUCCCAUCACUUCUCUUUUAAAGUACCUCAGCAAGCUCCCAUCCAACGCAACCGCCCUUUACUUGCAGCCUAAAAAGGAGCUAAUAAAUGAAAUGUGGUACAGCCACGUCCCCCUAGGAGUCAAUUAUCUGGGCUCAAUGCUGGCUCGCAUGUGUAAAGAAGCCGGCACAUCAGUCAUCUAUACCAAUCACUGCAUCAGAAGCACACCCUUUCACCAGCUGUGUGACGCAGGACUGGACAGGAGAGACAUUAGGCCUGUAAGCGUCCACAGGUCUGAAAGCUCCUUUAGAAGUCACCAGACGCCAUCCCUCGCGAGUAGUAAGCAGUGGAGCGAGACAUUGCCAGAGAGCGAUUCAGCUGGCCCAGCAGGUUUGGAUUUAAACCAUGAAGAAUUUUUUGAGGAUGUUCCGUUUCUUCAGACUGCUUCAAACCAGAACUACGUCCCAGAUGCUGUGCUGCCGCCUGGUGAGCCGUGGCUCCAUGGUGGCCCCACCCGAGCGGUGCUGUCCCUGCCUUCCUGUCUGUGCCUGUGUGGGAUUGCUGGGUCUGGAAUAUCUGGUCCUGGAUCUUCCGGUGAGGAGCAGAUGGGAGAGAUGAAGGUGUACGCCAAGUGUCACCUUCAGCAGGGCGUUAUGUUUGGGCCUUAUGUAGGAGAAGUGUGCAGAGCACAAAUGCCCACCAACCUCAAAUAUGCCUGGGCUAUCAGGGAUGAUGCUGCUUUUGUGUACGUUGAUGCUUCUGAUGAAAACAAAUCUAACUGGAUGAGAUAUGUAACAUACACCAGCAGUGAGGAGGAACACAACCUGGUCGUUUUCCAGUUUUACCGUCACAUCUACUACAGGGUCUCCCAGCCCAUCACAGAGGGAGCUGAGCUCAGGGUCUGGAUUGGCAAGGAUUAUGCCACCCUGCUGGGCCUCGGGAUGGGUGAGAAUGUGAAAUGUGAAGUUGGAGACAAGGAGACGGUUCUGCGGCUCCUGCAGGACAUCCAGUUGGUCACCCUCCCAGAGCCCAGCAGCUCCUCCCUUUGGUCAGACCACAGCCAAUCACAGAGCCCCAUGCCUGUCAUCAAUGACGUGACCACCAUGUCAAACCCGGACGCAGUUAGUGAUUCAGGGGCAAUUUCUGCCUCUGCCCUCACAUCCUCCCCCCUCAUCUCUUUCCCUUCACCUGGCUUGCAUCAGUUGGAAAAGUAUGAUUUUAUGCCUGGAACUGAGAAACUGCUGAGUAACCCGAACGCCACACACAACAGUCCCUGGUACUUCUUUGGGUUUGAGCCGGACCCCACCGGGCGGCCAUUGGACCGGAGCAUGGUGGUGUGUAAGCUGUGUGGGGAGCGUGUGGGCUGUGGCGGAGGAGCAGCAGAUAUCCAAAACCAUCUGACCAGCAAGCACCACAUCAGACCACGUGACAUCAACAAGGAACGCAGUCUUCUGACAAUAGGUCAACAACGCUCACAGCCGGUGAUGGUGAACAGCGGUCUGGUCAGUACAUUCCCACUGGUACUUUCUGCUCAAGUGACCGAUGCCAUCACCAACUUUCUCAUCAUGGAUCUCCAGCCCCCGGCUCUGGUAGAAGGAGAAGGCUUCAAACAACUGAUCCACACCCUGCUGCCCUCCUACAAGGAGCUGCCGUCGCCUUGCCAGCUGGAGAACCUCCUAAAAGAACAACACACCAAAGGCAAGACGAGCCUGGCUCAGCUGCUGAGGAGGAAAACUGGGAUUGGAGAAAACGAGGAGAUAUCUGACUACACUGUUCCCAUUGAGUAUGAGCCCAGGAGACGUGGACGACCUCCCAGCUGUCGGAGAGAGGUUCCUCACUUUGUCACGUUAAGUGUGGAUGUUUGGUUCCAUAACUGGCAGGGCAGUACUGAGAGGUACCUCACCCUCUGGGCACAUUACAUAGACUCUAACUUUAGUUUUCAGAACCUUGCCUUGGCAACCCAAAGGCCGACAGAAAGUGGGGUGAAAGACUACAGCCUUCGAGCAGUGGAGGCCCAAGUGAAAGUUAUGGCCCAGGAGUGGGGAAUCUCCCAGCCCAAUCUGGUCUUGCUGGGAGGGGAGGGAAGGAACAAGAUGAGACUGGGACCAAUAAAAAGCGAGAAAGGCGGAGAGGCUUCAGGAAGCGUCCCUCACCCGAACUCAACAACCUUUCUUGAGAGGGACGAUUCAGUGUCACCUGAAGAACCACAUGGCUUAGAACUGAGCCAUUCAAGUGAAGGUCUGCCAUCUGUCCCAUGCUUCUUCAGCGCUGUGCAGGGUUGCAUUGAGGAAGUAAUGUCACACCCUGUCAUCUCCAAGACCCUCACCCAAUUCCAGGGUGUUCUUUCAACCCUGUUCCUGCCACCUGCUCUAAACAAAGGCUCAUAUCAGCACUACGCCCAGAGCCUGUUGCAAGGCAUGACGAAACAGGACCACGCGGAGCUGAAGUCGUGGGCUCACAGUCGGCCCACCUGGAAUAAGCUGUAUCCUCUGCUGAACACGCUCAUCAAACAUAAAAGCCUUUUCUGUGAUAUGAUAAAAGAGAUAAAAGGCGAGGGCUUGUCCAAAGAAGACACUGCUUCAGAGUCCAGUUCAUCUGGCAGCUGCCUUGCAAACUCCACCUCCAACACGUCUUCAUCAAGCAUCGCACCUUUGCGUUCUGAAUGGAAGGUUCUGGAGGAGCUGUGUUUGGUCCUCAAACCUCUGGACGUGGCGUGUCGAACCCUCGCCAAGGAGGCCUUCCCCCGUCUGUCCCUCAUCAAACCCAUUCUCACUGGCCUGCUCUCCCGCCACCUCGUAUCCCGGCCGGGAGACUCGUCAUCCACCUUGAAGGAGGUGAAGAGGGCGAUGAGGCGGAGCUUGGCGAGCUGUUACGACAACCCUGUUGUCAACAGGGUUCUCUGUGUGGCCUGUUCCCUCGACCCCCAGUUCCACGGGCUGGGAUUCAUGGAGGAGAAGGAGCAGACAGCGACUUUUGAUUGGCUGAAGAAAGAGGCUGUCAGGAUAGUGAAGGAGGACAGGAGGAGAGCUCAGGGUAAGAGCAAGAGGAGCCCCUCCCCUGGGUCACCAGAGUCAGAUAGUGACUUCUUGAGGAGAAGCAAACGGCUCAAAGAAUCCCGCCCAAUCAACUUCAGAGAGAUCGAAGAUGAAGACUAUGAGAGCGACACAGUAGAGGCAGAUGAGAGCGAGUCUGCAGAUCCAGGCUCACAGGGUGGACUCUCUGGUAUGGAGUUCCUCCUGGGAGACCUGUUCUGCUCCACCCCUCGGAGCAGGCAGAGCUCCGUGGAGGAGUCUGUGGACAUGGAGAUGUCUGUCUUCAGAGCUGACAAGGGAGCUUCGCUGGGAGUGGAGCCCCUGCAGUGGUGGAGGACAAAGGCAGUGCAGUUCCCUCUGCUGUCCACGGUGGCACGAGCGUACCUGGCUGCCCCGGCGGUGGCAGGUAACACCGCACAAGACUUUGUACAGGAAGGAGCGGGAGCCACAUACAGGAAGAGAGCCAACAUUCCACCAGAAAGUUUGGACGCAAUCCUGUUUCUGCACCACAACCACAUGCCCACCAGUGAGGGUGGGCAAACAGCAGUUAGGAAUGAAGACAAGAACAGUGUGAUGGAGAAGGUCUCAUAAACUGACACACAACAUUCAUUCCUAUUUGACAAGCUCCAAAUAUAACCUUUUUAGCUGCAUGCUAAACCCUUUUCCUCAUCCAAAUUUAAACCUGAUUCAUACCUUAAACUGAAGCCCUAAAUCAAACUGCCCAUUAAAAAUAUGAGGAAUGUCCCCACGUUGGACAUAUGAGGAUAUUCAUGUACACAUACACAGAGCAGUAGGCCUCAUAAGACAUCUUUCUUCUUAAUUUGAUCAAUUUCCUGUUGAAACAGGAUGCUGAGUUGAGACGCACAACAUACAGAGGUCAUAAUAAACUUAAAACUAAGCACAUAUUUGAAGGAAAGUUUUUUUAUUUGAGGUUGGUCUCUAUAUUUAAUUGGAACAUUCUUCAACCAUCUUAAGUUUCAUCGACUAUAAUUGACCUAAUUUGCCCCGAUAUGUGCAACAAGCUAAAAGGUUCAAAUGUAAAUUUAAAGAAGCGUUUGUUUUUCACAAACAUUUUUUUUCACUUCCUUCAGACUAAAGAGAAGGAAGCCAGAGACAAGGAAACUCAGUUUAUGUACUGUAUAUAGUUUGGACUACUGCUGAUCUACAUUUAACUUUUAGUGUGUAUUAACAACCUUGUAGCGCCUAGUGCCUUACCUCGUUUCAGUACUAUCAUACAGUAGAUAUUAUCGUUGUUCUUAAUUUUUAUUCCUCUCCUUAAUGCUCAUUUGUAACAACUAUAUGACUGUGAGUGUGUAGAUUGUCUGUCCUGAUUAGAAAGUCCUCUAUGGUAGUGUUGUGUAAAACUACUGUGCCUUUGCUUUUGAAUUAUUUUCUGUUAUGGAUCAGUAGAUUAUGAAAGAAAAAUCCAAAGACUGAAUAUUAGUUCACUUCAUGCUGCUCUUCCUUCAUUUUACAGAAGACAUUUUGAAUUGUCAGUAAAAUAGUGAUAGAACUUGAACUUAAUAUUUUAAAUAUAUAUAUAUAUAUAUAUAUAUAAACUGGUCACUUGCAUAGAACUGUCAUUUAAAAUCUCAAAAUGUGCAUUGUUUACUCUGUUACUGUAAGUCUGCUGUAUUUCAGAAGAAGAUUUUAGAUGUGUAGUGAAACUUAAAAUGUUUUUUCAAACAUUUACAAAGUAUGAUACGCUUUUUUCAGCACCACAUUGUACACUGUAACAUAAUGGAUGAAGCUUAUUAGCACAAAGCCUGUAUCAUCUUAGACUGACGUUAUUGAACUCUUUGCAUAUUCACAUACAUGCAGAAUAACUGUUUGUCUUACUGUACUGUAAAUAAAACUGUGUACAAACACAGUAUAUUAUUUGUA